AUGUUUCGCGCUCGACGCUACCGGGUGCUCCUCGUAUUCGCGGCAGCAUUUAUCCUCGCAACCCUUCAUUUCGCUCGGUCGCGCGAUUGGACCGAUACUAUAAUCGAGACCCCUGAAAUACACUACCCGGAUACUGCAGCUUAUCCAAAUUCCCAAUCCGCGCCGGACGCGAAGCCCAUCCCUGGUGCCCCAGUGUUGGACAAGGGCAGCGGCCGAUUCGCGCCUGCGGAGCCUGACUAUAACUCCUUUGGAUCUCAUUCUUCUGAGAAUGUCAGCCCGCCGACUAUCUCGAAAGCUCCGUUAAAGGAGGACACUAAGAGUUCGUCUUCGUCUUCGGGGGCGGGCUCGUAUAACAAUGCACAGGAGAAGGUCCCAGAGAAGGGGACGACAGAGGGUCUGAAGAAUACCGAUUCCACUCUCAGUGAUGCUUCUAGUGGUCUUAUGCGCCCACCUACGAGCUCGGCUUCGAGCUCUGAUCUUCUGGAAGAGAUCGAUUUCGGCGGCUCAGGCAGGGUGGCCACUAAGCACGCAGAAUCCGGUGCACCAACCACGCGAUGGAGAAAAUUCCCCGAUAGAUUCCCCGUUUCAUCGGCCGAACUCAUCAAACUACCGAAGACAUACGCGAAGUCCAUGCCGAAGCUGCAGGCCAAGUUCAAGGAUGAGGCGACUACCGACAAGCAGGAACGAAUGCAGCAGCUCAGUACGAUCAAGGCGGAGUUCAAGCACGCGUGGGACGGGUAUAAAAAGAUUGCUAUGGGCCAUGAUGAGGUCAAGCCUCUUUCCGCGGCAUUCGAGGACCCCUUCAACGGAUGGGGAGCGACAUUGGUGGAUUCGCUUGAUACCCUUUGGAUCAUGGAGAUGAAGGAUGAAUUCACGGAAGCGGUCGAUGCGAUUAAGAAAAUUGAUUUCGCGACCUCCGCCAGAGAGGACAUUCCCAUGUUUGAGACUGUUAUUCGAUAUCUGGGUGGCUUGCUUGGUGCCUAUGAUAUCUCGGCACAGCGAUACGAUGUGCUCUUGGAGAAGGCAGAGGAGCUUGCUGAGAUCUUGAUUGGCGCUUUUGAUACACCUAACCGCAUGCCCGUGCUUUACUACCGUUGGACACCAGACCAUGUUGUUCGACCCCACAGGGCGUCAUCUAAGGCCGGACUGGCUGAAAUUGGAUCUAUGUCUUUGGAAUUUACACGAUUGGCCCAAUUGACCCAAGAAGACAAGUACUAUGAUGCCAUUGCACGAAUCACGAACGAGCUGGAGGGGCUGCAAGACAAAACCUCUAUCCCAGGACUGUGGCCCAUGAAAGUCAAUGCGCAGGGCUGUGCGAUAUAUAAGACUUACCAACAGAGUAACCGCGGCCAUUCUCCCAACAAAGAGGAGCCUCGAGCCCAAGAGCCUCUGGUGGAAACACCAACAGAGACACAGAACAGCACCACGACAACUGUAGCCCAUAAGCAUUAUGCCGCGCCAACUGAUCUGGACAGUUACCUCAACUUGAUCUCACGUGAUGCCUUGAUGGACGACUUUGCAGAGUCAGAGCCGGCCAACUACCACAAGAGCUCUGGCACUUUGGAGGAGGCCGAGGCGGUUCAACCCAAGUGCGACGGGGGCUUGCUGAUGCCCAAUGCGUACCGUGACAACAAGUAUACGAUGGGAGGAAUGGCUGAUUCGACAUACGAGUACUUGCCCAAGGAGUACCUCCUGCUCGGCGGUGCGAACGACCAGUACAAAAAAAUGUACACCAAGGCCAUUGAUGCAGCCCGCAAAAACCUACUUUUCGCUCCCAUGGUCAAGGGUGAACGUGACAUUCGUUUCAUGGGGUCAACCUCCGGCCUGGACCUCGGAAACGGUAAUGCGGAUAUUCAGUCUAUGUUGAUGUAUGAGAGCCAUCAUCUGACCUGCUUCGUUGGAGGCAUGGUCGCUGUUGGAGCCAAGGCCUUUGGCAUCGACGGAGACAUGGACCUUGCAGCUAAACUAACCGACGGCUGUGUAUGGGCAUACGAGUCCACGACCACCGGAAUCAUGCCCGAGCGAUUCCGCAUGCUACCUUGUGGCAAGGACCGAGCAUGCGAGUGGGACCAGACGCGCUACGACGACGAAGUUAAGCGCUACGGACCCGUUCGCGAUUCCGCCGCCGAGGCCCAGUUCCGCAGUGGAGAAAGCACAUACGGACAACGCGUUAAAAUGUCGUCUGACCCCAAGUCUGAAUCUGGAGCCAGUGACAGCGGCGUGGCCGUUCCUCUGCCCAUGCCGGGCUCAUUGAACCCGCACGACAGAGACCCGGAGGUUUAUAAGCGGGAUGGAUUUGCCGUUGGUAGGGAGGCAACAAGAUCCGCUAUCCCCACGCCAGCUCCCACUUCCGGAGCUGUCAGUGACCUCGAGAACCGAGACGCCCCUCGUGCCCCCCAGUCCGGCUCCUCUUCAUCUAAAACAGACAGCGACUAUCAUCUCCCGGCGGGUAUGGUCAGCAUUGCCUCACCGGAUUACUAUCUCCGACCUGAGGCUAUCGAGUCUAUUUUCAUCAUGUACCGACUCACAGGUGAUGAUAUCUGGCGCCAGAAGGGCUGGAAAAUGUUCGAGGCAGUCUCGAAGUACACUCGAACGGAGUUGGCAAACGCUGCUAUCACGGAUGUUAUGUCUUCGAAACCAGUACAGAAGGAUGCCAUGGAGUCAUUCUGGUUGGCAGAGACCCUGAAGUAUUUCUAUCUGCUCUUCAGUGAUCCAAGUGUGGUGGAUUUGGAUAAAUUUGUUUUGAACACCGAAGCGCACCCUCUCCAGCGCCCUGUUGGAAUGUAA